GAAAAUCGUAGCUUUGUGCCGUUCCAUUAACAACCAUAGCUGCGGUUGUUUAUUGACGUUUGAGAUUGACCCACCGACAGAGACUGCGGCGGUUUUGGUUCCAUUGAAUUAGCUUUGGGCUAUAAUGGCGGACAAGUACAACCUCAAAAACCCCGCCGUGAAGCGGAUCCUCCAGGAGGUUAAGGAGAUGCAGUCCAACCCUUCGGAUGAUUUCAUGAGCCUCCCUAUCGAGGAAAAUAUUUUUGAAUGGCAAUUUGCGAUUAGAGGGCCUUGUGAUACUGAAUUUGAAGGUGGUAUUUAUCAUGGACGGAUCCAGUUGCCUUCAGAGUAUCCCUUCAAACCCCCUUCAUUUAUGUUGUUGAGUCCUAACGGUCGUUUCGAGACCCAAACCAAGAUUUGCUUGAGCAUAUCAAAUCACCACCCUGAGCAUUGGCAACCAUCAUGGAGCGUAAGGACCGCUUUAGUUGCACUGAUUGCAUUCAUGCCUACCAGCCCAAAUGGUGCGUUGGGCUCGUUAGACUACAAGAAAGAAGAGAGGCGUACAUUGGCCAUUAAAUCUCGUGAAGCACCUCCAAGGUUCGGUACUCCUGAACGUCAAAAGCUGAUUGAUGAGAUACAUGAGUAUAUGCUAAGCAAGGCACCCGCUGUUCCUCAACUUAGCUCCACACAGGUUCCCGAAGAACACCCCAGUGAAGAGGAGGCUGAGGCCCAGGUUAACUCACCUAAUCCAGAGGCUUUGCCUGCAGUAGAGGAGGUUCCAGAUCAAGCAGGUGACAGAAUUGUUGAAGAACAAGAAGAAGUCCUUGCAAAUGCUAAUCCUGCAGGAGUUGAAGCUUCAAGGGAGAUUCAAUCAAGUGUUUCAAGGAAUCAGUUGCUCCAAAAGUCAGAUACAAGGGUUCAAAAUCCAAAGCCAGAGACUAGGGUCCAAAAACCUGAUGAUCGUUUGUUCACAUUGGCAGCUAUUGGACUUACUAUUGCAAUUGUGGUCCUUUUGCUGAAGAAGUUCAUUAAAUCUACCCAACACGGUGCAGUUUUCUUGGAUGAAUCUUAGACAUUUCGUUGCUCAUGUUGGCUUCAGAGAUGAAACUUAAUAGCCUUAUACAGUAAUAGAAAAAUAUCCAGCUAUUCUAGAAUGAAAGGAGUUUAUUUUUUAUUGUCCUUUAUACACUUCGUAAUUAGUGUAAGAUAAAUGUGCUACAGCGAUGAAUUGGUGAGCAUGUCCUUCCUUUUUUCUCCUUUAUAAUGUGGUGGGAGCUACUCCCCUUUACCUAUA